UGUUGCUCCCCCAAUCCGGCCUCAAUUCCCACGAGACUUACUUAAUAUACGUUUUCUGUAAAUAAACAUUUUAUUAUCAACAAAAUUGAUUUAAUCAUCCCAUUUCCUCAUGUGCUAAUUGCAUUCAAACCAAUCUUUCAUCAACUCUUCUUUCUGAUAAUUGAGAACCCGCAUCUAUCUAUAUUAGCUUUCGCCAGAUGAAUCCAUCAUUGGAUGGCAUUGCAAAAUGGAUGAUUAAUUUUGGGAGAAAGUUUUGAUUUUGAUUGGAUCGAAGAUGUCAAAAGGAGGGGAGAGUCAGACGGUGCCAUUGUCGGUAUUGCUGAGGCGUGAAUCUGCCUCUGAGAAGAUCGAAAACCCAGAGAUUUGUCACGGCGAAGCGAGCCAGAGCAAGAAAGGUGAGGACUUUGUGUUCAUCAAGACCGAAUGCCAAAGGGUUCUCGGAGAUGGGAUCACAUCUUUUUCCGUUUUCGCGUUAUUUGAUGGGCAUAAUGGGUCCAUGGCUGCUAUAUACACUAAGGAAAACCUUCUUAAUAAUAUAUUGAGUGCCAUUCCACCAGAGCUCAACAGAGAGGAAUGGAUUUCUGCAUUGCCUAGGGCUCUUGUUGCUGGAUUUGUUAAAACGGAUAAAGAUUUUCAAGAAGAAGCACGAACAUCAGGAACAACAGUCACAUUUGUUAUAAUUGAAGGGUGGGUAGUAACAGUUGCAUCAGUUGGUGAUUCUCGAUGCAUUCUUGAAUCUGCUGAAGGAGGAAUACAUUACCUAUCAGCUGAUCAUAGACUUGAAGGGAAUGAAGAGGAGAGAGAACGCAUUACUUCAAGUGGUGGAGAGGUUGGCCGUCUUAACACUGGUGGCGGAACACAGAUUGGUCCUCUUAGAUGUUGGCCUGGUGGGUUAUGUCUCUCAAGAUCCAUUGGAGAUAUGGAUGUUGGAGAGUUCAUAGUUCCUGUUCCUUAUGUAAAGCAAGUAAAGCUCUCAUCAGCAGGUGGUAGGCUAAUCAUAGCAAGUGACGGUGUUUGGGAUGCUUUAUCCGCUGAAACAGCAUUUGAUUGUUGUCGUGGCAUGCAACCAGAUGCGGCAGCUGCACAAAUUGUAAAAGAAGCUGUGCACCCUAAAGGACUUCGAGAUGACACUACGUGCAUUGUGAUUGAUUUACAACCUCCGGAGAAGCCCCCUCAACCACAUCCCAAAAAAACGGCAAAAGGAGUGCUCAAGUCCAUGUUUCGCAAAAAAAGCUCCGAUUCUUCUUACGGUGAUAAAGAGUAUUGUGAACCAGAUGUGGUGGAGGAGCUAUUCGAGGAAGGAUCUGCAUUACUUUCUGAUAGGUUGGGCAUGAGGUACCCAAUUUGUAAUAUGUUUAAACUAUUUAUGUGUGCGGUUUGCCAACUAGAGGUUAAGCCCGGUGAGGGCGUUUCUAUACACACUGGAUCAAUGGAUUCAAAAAAAUCACGACCUUGGGAUGGUCCAUUUCUUUGUUCAAGCUGUCAUGAUAAGAGAGAAGCCAUGGAAGGAAUAAGACCUUCUGCAAGUGGUAGAUACAGCAGUGGAAGCGACUAAUAGCUUCCGUCUAAUCGCGAAAUAACCUUAAUAUUCAACCACUAUUCAUGACAUUCUCCUUAAUUUCUAACACCUAUCCCUACCAUUGGAAUCGAGAGUGAAGUCACUAACCAAGUUCCCAUCCCAUUGAUGCUUAUUAUUGUCAUAGAUGGACAUCUUCUAACAUAGGCCUCUAUUGUCAAAUGAAUUUUGCAAUGGUAUGGAGAGAUUUAUAAACGUACUAAGAAGACGUGUCAAGGGUAACACAUGCCUGUUGGAUUAUCUACAUUUAUAUAUACUGGUUUCCCCUUGAAUAAUUCAUGGAGAUUAGUAAAACAAAUCAGUCUAAUACUAGCUGUACUGUAGGAAAGCUUCAUUAGGAUUUUGUGGAGUGAUUUAUUUUGGAGGG